AUGGUUGGAACACUUAAUGAGUUCGGAGUACAGAUGAAAGCUCAGGACGAGAAGGAAAUUGGAGAGGUUGCGUACAAAUUGGCUCUACCCCCGCAAUUGGCUGGAGUACAUGAUGUUUUCUAUGUAUCUAUGCUGCGGAAGUACAUAAUGCACCCUUCUCACAUUAUCAACUGGGAAGAAAUCCAACUCAAUGAAGAUGCAACCUUUGAGGAGGGACCAGUAGCAAUUAUGGAUAGACAAGAAAAGAACUUGCAAGGAAAGACAAUUCAACUUCUUAAGAUACUCUGGCAUCACAAUGGUAUUGAAGAGUUCACCGGGGAACGUGAAGACGCGAUGUGGACAAAUUAUCCACAACUAUUUGAGACGUGA